AUGGUGGACCCAAGGAACGGGAGCUCAGUGACAGAGUUUGUUCUCGUGGGCUUUGAGCAGAGCUCCCCUUCCACUCGGGCAUUGCUCUUUGCCCUCUUCCUAGCCCUCUACAGCCUUGCCAUGGCCAUGAAUGGCCUCGUCAUCUUCAUUACUUGGACAGACCCCAGGAUCAACAGCCCCAUGUACUUCUUCCUUGGCCAUCUGUCCUUCCUGGAUGUUUGCUUCAUCACCACCACCAUCCCACAGAUGCUGAUCCACCUGGUGAUCAAGAACCACACUCUCUCCUUUGCUUCCUGCUUGACCCAGAUGUAUCUGGUUUUUGGUGUGGGUGUGGCCGAGUGCAUCCUCUUGGCUUUUAUGGCCUAUGACCGUUAUGUUGCUAUCUGCCACCCACUUAGCUAUGCCCAGAUCAUGAGCUGGCACGUCUGUAUGAGUCUGGUGAGUACUGCCUGGUUCUUUGGGCUGAUCAGUGGCAUCCUGCUUGUUUACAUGACAUUUCGUGGUCCCUUCUGUAGAGACAACCACAUAGAAAACUUUUUCUGUGAGGCCCCCAUAGUGAUCACUCUCUCUUGUGGAGAUCCCCAGUUUAGUCUGAGGGUGAUCUUUGCUGAUGCCAUUGUGGUUCUGCUCAGCCCCAUGGUGCUCAUUGUCAUCUCCUAUGCCCGCAUCCUGGCCUCCAUCCUCAGCAGAGCCUCCUCCUCAGGUCGGGGAAAGACCUUUUCUACUUGCACCUCCCAUCUGACUGUGGUCAUCUUUUUCUACACUUCAGCCAUGUUCUCUUACAUGAACCCUCGCAGCACACAUGGCCCUGACAAAGACAAGCCUUUCUCCCUUCUCUACACCAUCAUCACCCCCACGUGCAACCCCAUCAUCUACAGUUUUAGAAACAAUAAAAUGAAGGGGGCCAUGGUGAGGGCCCUUGGGAGGACCAGCCUGGCCCAGGCAGAGUCCGUCUAG